GAAAAAAAAAUCGCUUUUCUGCAACUCUGCUCUGUUUGACCUAUGCGAGCUCCCGUACCUGUGAAGCGGUGUUGACUGAUGUGUCAAAAUGGCAGAGCAAACAACACUAGAGAGCCUGCUGGAGAUGGGCUUUGAGAGAAACAGAGCGGAGAAGGCGGUGGCCAAAACAGGAAACCAGGGAAUAGAGCAAGCCAUGGACUGGUUAAUGGAACAUGAGAACGACCCAGACAUCGACGAGCCCUAUGUGCCGCCUGUGGGGAACGUCCUGGGGGGAGCAGCAGACGGCCAGUCCACCGCUGAACAGCCAACACUAGCAGACACUGCUGAAGAAGGAGACGGCAGCAACAAUAAUAGCGAGGAAAGUGAAAAUAAGUCAAUGUCAGAGGAGGAGAGACUUGAGCAAGUUAAAAGGCUAGAGGAGCUGAUGCGGGUGAAGCAGGCGGAGAGAAGAGAGCGAGAGCGGGAGGAAGAGUUGGAGAGGGAAAAGCAGCGGAGGAAACAGGGCCAAGAGCUGCAGCAGAUUCGCCAAAAGCUGCAGGAUGAUGAUAUGAAAAAACUCGCUGAUCAGCGCAGAAGAGAGAAGAUGGAGGACAAACUGGCAAGGCAGAGGGUUAAAGAAAAGAUCGCACGGGACAGAGAGGAGAGAGCACAAAAGUUUGGUGGCGGUGGAACGCCGAGUGCAGCUGCAUCGUCCCAACCUGCCCAGCCCAGCCCGUCGUCGCCCACCAGUCACGGCCCCCCACCUACUAAGAAGGAGUAUGAUGAGUCCAGGAUACAGGUCCGUCUGCUGGACGGCUCGACCAUCACAACAGCCUUCAAGGCUCAGGAGCCGCUGGCGGCGGUGCGUGUCUACGUACAGAUGAACAGCAACACGCCUGAGGGUCAGGACAUCUCACUGCUGUCACCCUACCCUCGCCACGAAUACACCGAACUGGACAUGGAGAAGCCCCUCAAAGAGCUGGGUUUGGUGCCUUCAGCUGUGCUGGUUGUUACCAAAAAGUGAGAUCAGGAGGACCUGCUCUGUGAGCCUACCUCACCACCUCCACUACAUCAACACAAGAGACACCAGUCUGAUCCAGGAACAGAGCCGCCACCUUUUUAGUAUCUCUCAAUAAGCCAGCUAACUGAACUGAAGCAGACAGAUGCAGCUCGAGGCUGCGUUCAGAUUGUGUUUUAACUACUUUUAAGACGUUGGGGGGAAAAAAACGGUUGGUUAACUCGCUGAAUGAUGCCUUAUGCCAUUCUGGGCUGAUUGAUUUCACUUGUUAUUGUUUGGUUUGUGUGAAGUGAGACUGACAGUGACUUUUACAAAGUGAAGCUAGCUGGCUUCUGAUGGAUACUGCUUCAUCGUUUUCAACAACACAUUUAUAAAAAAUAUAGAAAGACGCAGUACAGAAUUGUUUAAUUAAAAAAACAAAAAAAAAAACAUGUUCAGUUGGUUCUGAAAGGGCCUUAAAUGAAAUCCUCACGAUCUUCCUGAUUUUGUGACAUUCUACUUUACCAGUUUUUUUUAUAAGUUAAAAUAUAUUGACAGUUAUGUCUGCAUAAUCACCGAGAAUCUACUCAAAAUAAAGAUGACUCAGAAUUACAA